UUAAAGUAAACUUUUGUAUUUUAGCUGGUUAUAUGAUAAUUCGGUUUCGGCACACUUGAACAAAAUUUUCAACCGAGCGAAUCGAAAAAGGACCCACUGAAUGGAAAAGGGUUGGAAGCUUGGACAAAUUCUACUGUAGGAGAUGUAGAUUUCACUCACAUGGAAAAUUGAAAAGCUGAUCCAGUGACGCACGUUGCACCGGAUAUAAAAAGAACUCUCUCUUUUCUGGGGAAAACAUCAUGAAAAAAACCGUCGAGGGAUUCAAAAACGGGUGAUCAUUGUGUUUUUGAAGGUGAAUCUCCCAAAUGAUCGCUUUAACACGUUCGACUGUAUUACUACUUCCUGGAGCAAAGGCCGGCUUUUGACAUCAUGGAGGAAGACCGUGAGACAAGCGACACGACGCUACCAACACAACAUGACAUCGACGGGAGUUCUGAAUUCGAAGCCCUCUCUUGUUUUAUCAUCUCCAAGGACAGUAAAGGGAGGCGCUGGAUGAUCCAGCUGAUAAAAUGGCCAUGGUUUGAACGCAUCAGCAUGUUCGUGAUCCUCAUCAACUGUGUCACAUUAGCCAUGUACAAUCCACUUGAUCCACAGUGCAUCUCCACUCGGUGCCAAGUACUCGAGCACGUGGAACAUGUCGUCUUCGCUUUCUUUUUCGCCGAAAUGGUGAUCAAGAUGCUAGCAAUGGGUGUCACUGGAAAGAAAGGUUACUUACAGGACAAGUGGAACAGAUUGGAUUGCUUUAUUGUGGUCAUUGGCUUGAUUGAGAAAGUAAUAAAAAGUGGUAACUAUCUGACCAUUAUGCGGGCAUUCAGAGUUCUAAGACCUCUUCGAGCCAUCAAUAAAGUUCCAAGUAUUCGGAUCCUGGUGACACUCCUUCUUGACACGCUUCCAAUGCUCGGCAAUGUCCUUCUUUUGUCUUUUCUGAUCUUCUUUGUGUUCGGUAUCAUUGGCGUACAGCUGUGGCAAGGAAAGCUGAGAAAUCGAUGCUUUACCACCUUCUCUAAAGAUUCAGCUUUCUUCAACAGAUACAACAGGUCAACAUUUUACCAACCAUCCUUCUAUUUUCCCGAUUUCGUCUGUUCUUCACCCGAAGACCGCGGCACCAGCAAAUGCUCUGAUAUCAAGCCUUAUUACCUGGACGGUCUCGAGUGCCAUGGGUCCUUUGAGAACAACACUGUUGCGAAUAAGUCAGUCUGUGUAAACUGGAAUCAGUACUAUAUCAACUGCACGCCCAACGGACCAAACCCAUUCUAUGACACGACUUCAUUUGAUAAUAUUGGUAUUGCAUGGAUCGCCAUAUUUCAGGUUAUUACCCUGGAAGGGUGGUCAGAUAUCAUGUAUUUUGUCCAGGAUGCACAUAGCAAUUGGAACUGGAUCUAUUUUGUUGUACUCAUUGUGAUGGGUUCAUUUUUCCUUGUGAAUUUGUGCCUGGUUGUUAUCACCAUGCAGUUCCAGGAAACAAAAGCUCGUGAGAUAGAAUUGAUGGAAAACAGUAAAGAUGAAUCACCUCUCCGCUCAUCAAAGCCAUUGAAAACCUUGUUUAAAUUGCUAGGAACGGUUUGCAACUACAAUUCCCAAGAAAAGGAACACGUUCAUCAUCAUCAUCACCACAUUUAUCAUCAUCACCACUUUCAUCACCAUUUGUACAAUUGCUUCGUACCACCAUCUCCAGGCCCUAACUCUUUUCCUUCAGCAAACGUACCAAAAAUUCAGGUUCAGGAAGAAGGAACUUUGUCUUCUUCCCCAAACUUUCUCGAAGAACCUGGGUUGUUUCAAGAUUUCCUUACGCCUCCAGACCAACCUUCUAGAAGAGGCUCAAAAACCUCAGUAUGCUCGCAUACUCUAUCAAUUCACGCAGAAACGUCUUCAGCCGUUUCCAUCGAAGAAAUUGUCGCGCAGACUAAGACAAGCGUGAAAUUAAGCAUUCCUUCGCCAACAACUGGUUUCUUUGCGUUUUCAUCCAGCAAUACUGCAAGCAGAACAAAUUCUAUCUCUGGGAAAACAGAAGUCUCUGCGUCUACAACGGUGUCAGCGGAAAUUAAUCCACUGGUUGCUCGCUCAAGUACGUCAGAGGAUGAAGUCACCGAACCUUCGAAGGAAAGCAAGGAAGUUCAGUCGAAGGACAGGGAUGCAUUGAAAUAUCGACGUUUUAGCCAGCAAGCACAUGUCAAGUUGGCCCGCACUCGAAAACUUGGGAUUUCCUCUUACAAUUCAUCUGAGCAUUUUGACGAAGAUGUUGCAGAGCUCAGUAAGAAUGAGAUAAAUCCCGAAAUGGCUGACGUAGAUUUUUUAUCCUCUUUAGACGGUGACAUUGAGAAUGAACACAUGGAAGGAGACGCGGCAUUUAAGGAUUUGUUUCUGGAGAGGGGGAACGAUGAAUGCCAACCCGAGAACACCUCCGGCAGGAGUCUGAAAAGACCUUCCUUGAAACGCCGAAAUAUUUCCACCCAGAGUGAAGAUGAUAUGUUUGAAAGUUUAUUUAACUUAAGACAAAGUGCAAGUUAUGAUGUCACAGCGAAUCAUGGAGCUUGGCAGAAGCUGAGGACUCUUUGCAGAAAGAUUACCGAAAGCAAACAAUUUACGUUUGUUAUCAUGAGCGCCAUUUUGUUGAAUAUGAUUUGUAUGGGCCUUGAACAUUACCAACAGCCUGAACGUUUGACCGUUGCUCUGGAGACCGUAAAUAUUAUCUUUGUGUCCAUUUUUGCCGUUGAGAUGAUUAUAAAGUUGCUGGGAUUUGGAGUAACUGCUUACGUAAGCCAGGGACAAAACGUAUUCGACGGCUUCAUUGUUAUUGUAAGUGUCUGCGAGAUCCUGCUCUCCCAAGGAAAUUCAGCCCUUUCGAUAUUCCGGAGUAUCAGGUUACUCCGGAUUUUCAAACUGGUUAGACCGGUACGAUACCAGUUACUAGUCGUCGUAAAAACUAUGACGAGUGUCAUGACGUUCUUCGGCCUCCUGUUUCUAUUUAUAUUUGCGUUUGCAAUUCUGGGAAUGAAUCUUUUUGGUGGAAAGUUUAAAUUUGAGAACGCUGAAGGAAAACAAGUGGUCUCCCGGAGCAACUUUGACAACUUUCUUUGGGCGAUGGUGUCUGUGUUUCAGAUCCUGACUCAGGAAAACUGGAAUCAAGUUAUGUAUGACGGCAUGCGCUCUACAAGGAAAUGGGCGGCUUUGUAUUUCAUCGCGCUGAUGGCUGUUGGUUAUUACGUGUUAUUCAAUCUGUUGGUGGCCAUACUUGUAGAAGGAUUCACAAAUUCAGGGAAACGGAAAGCAUCGCCAAAGCCCAAGGAAGAGACCGGUGGAAAAACUUUAGGAGAACCGGUGGUUAGGAAGUUUGAAAUGCCUCAUAUUUUGAUCUCUAAAGAAGAUUCUGAAGAACCAUGCCCCGGAAAUUAUAACCCAGAGUCUCUGCCGGAUUUCUGUGGCCAUGGAGUACGAAACGCCUUGGGCACAACUUUCCAACACAAGACGAACUUCACGCCGAGCCUCUCCUUGGCAACGCUGGAACCUUUAGAAACCAAGAAUUCAGUAGCUGCUUCACAAAUCAAGGACGCUAACUUGACAAUGCCGCAGCUGAAAAAAAUUCGACAGGAGUCAAAAUUGGCGAAACAGAGGGUGAGAAGAACAUCAUUAAACGCGGUUUGUGGUGAUUUUGAGUUGGCGAAUUCGGCAGCUUAUAAUUCAGGGUUUCUCUGCGAUGAGUUAGUAACAGAGGACACGUCUAAUCUUGAUACAGCUUUGGAAUCAGAGAGGCAUUCUGAGGCUUCCUCCAAGAGAACACCUGAACUUACUUGGAAAAUUGAGUCUUCGACAAUUGCUGGCAGGAGAUCACGUAUGAAUCAGUCAGAAGUGUCGCUAGCAACAUCUCGGCCUGAGUCACCCCAAAUUGUCUUUCAGAACAACCACAACACACGAGACGUCUACCAACUACGUGAAUGUGCUGCUCCCGAGUCUAAGACCAGGAAAGUAAGGGUUAUGAAGAUCACAGACAUACGAUCAGACUGGUCUCUGUUUUUGUUCUCGCCCUCAAACAGAUUUCGUCGAUUUCUAACUGCCGUGUGCGGGCACAAGUACUUUGACUACGCUGUGCUGUUUUUUAUUCUAAUAAGCUGUGUGGUCCUGGCACUAGAGGAGCCUAACAUCCCAUCAGAUCACCAGAAACGCCGGAUAAUCGACAUCGCAAUGCUUACACUGACCAUAAUUUUUAGCCUUGAAAUGAUGAUAAAGAUUAUUGCUCAUGGUUUGGUUCUGGGCCCCGGGACCUACUUGAAGGACGGCUGGAAUGUCUUAGAUGGAAUUCUUGUUCUCUUUUCUUGGAUUGAUGUCAUCAUUACUUAUAGUUCUGCCACCGCACCAGAAGUACUUGGAGCUCUUAGAGUUUUCCGGGCGCUAAGGACACUUAGACCUUUGAGGAUGAUUCGGCGAGCACCAGGGCUGAAGUUGGUUGUUCAAACUCUUCUUUACUCAUUGAAACCAAUUGGAAAUACUGUUCUGAUCGCUGCCAUAUUCUUUGUGAUGUUUGGCAUACUGGGAGUCCAGAUUUUCAAGGGCACCUUUCAUUACUGCGAAGGCAACAGAGGUCAUGUGACCAACAAGUCCGAGUGUCAGAAUGACAGUGGCAGAUGGGAGAACCACAUGUACAAUUUUGACAACUUACCAAAUGCCUUAGUAUCACUCUUUGUAUUCUCCACACGAGAUGGAUGGGUAGAAAUAAUGCACAAUGGUAUCGAUGCAGUGGGAAUCGAUAAACAGCCCAUCAAGAACUACCGGGAAUGGAGGCUGGCGUAUUUCAUUCCUUUUCUAAUGUUAGGAGGCUUCCUUGUGCUUAACAUGAUUGUGGGGGUGGUGGUGGAGAACUUUCAGCGCUGUCGCGAAAAAUUAGAGGACGAGGAAAAGCAGAGAAGACGACGAAAACUGCUAGAAAAGACCAAAAAUAGGAACCAAGAAGGUUGAUAUGAGCUGGUAGCUAACGAAAAAAACGAGUGAUAUAAAUCGUCCGUAGGAAAAAAGAAACUUUAAACCUAGUAUACA